AUGGCGUCAGGACACCAGGUCCUUGCCCAGAUCAAAUACAAAGACAUUUCAGAGAACCUCAAACUCAACUUUAGAAGUUUGCACCUCAGAGCGACUCCAUCAGCGAGGCGCUGCACACUGAGCGCACACACGUCUCCUAGUUUGCCGCUCAAGUCUCCCAAGUUUCCCCCGAAGGCGGGGGAGCGGGCCAGCUGCGCCGAGGGCGGCACGGGCGGCCGGGGGCGUCGCUGCUCGCCCGCGCCGCCCUCCGCACCAGGAGCCGGGACGCGCGUUUCUCCGCCGGAGCCCCCGGGCACCCCCAAGCGGGGCGGGGCCGGGAACAAAGCCCGGCUCCGUGCCACCCUCCCCGUUCCGUCCCGCCAUUCCCGGCCGUCCUGGCCCGCUCCCAGCCCCGCCAUCCCCCGCGGCGGGGGCUGCCCGGCGGCUGCGCGGCCCCGCUGGCCGGGGGCGGCCGGAGCCGGCCGGACGGGUGCGGGGCGGGAGCAGCCCGGCGGCGGCCGCCGCUUUACGCUCGGCCCACGGGGCCGUGCGAGCGCCGCUCCUAGCCGAGGCUCCGGGGGCCGCCGGCUGAGAAGCUGGGCACGCACGGGUGGGGCCGCGGCCGGGGAGGAAGGGGCGGAAGGAGACAGAGCGCGGGCCGCGGAGGGGAUCGGGGCAGGCUCCGUCUCCCCAGGGCAGGAGGUCCGGAGCUCAGGUGGGGGCGGCCGGGUGCACGCAGCACCGCCGACCCCUGCUCCGCCUCCGCCCUACUCAUGCCCCCGCGGCGACGGCGGGCAGGGCCGCCCGGCCACACGCUGCCCUCCCUCCCGUCCCUCCCCUCCCCGCCCCACCGUAAACAAAGCGGCGAGGACCGGGGCCCGGCCAGAGCCAGGGGCCGCACAGCACAACCCGCGGGCUCCGUUCCCGUCGGGGCAAGGCGCCCCUCCUCCCUCCGAUCAGCCACGACCGGAUCCCGGCUGCGCCGCCGCCUCACCUCUCCCGCCGGUGGAAGCUGCCGCAGCCCCGGGCGCCGCCGCCUACUUCAACGCGGCUGCGAUCCCCCCCACACUUCAGAGCGACCCCGGUGGGACCCAGCGAGCGACGCGCGCCACCGGCAUCCCCCGCCGGCUUUAUCCCGACACCGCCUCUCCCCUCCGGCACCUCGACGUCCCGGCGCGGCGCUCCCACCCCCCCCGCCGCCCCAUUGGCACGCGCGGCCCCGCCCGGCCCCGGCGCUCACUGGGGCAGGCGCGCAGCACUCACAAGGCCACGCCCCCACGCUCCCUCCCCGUUGGCUCCCGAGCGCCCGGCCCGCCCUCGAGGCACCACCCUCCACACUUCGGCCAAUCGCGAGGCGGCGAGGGGCGAGCCGGGCCCCGAUUGGCGGUGCCCCCCCUUCCCUUGGCUGUGAUAGGCCGGGACGGCGGCCGAGCCCGCCCUCGGAGCGCUCCAUGCGCCGCUCCCCUCGGGCCGCCCGGGCAGCGCUCCGGUCCUCGGCGGCUCCGCGCAGCCCCGCAGCGGGCCCGGCCAGCCUGGCGGGGAGGGCGGCCCCGGGAUGUAUCCGACCCUCCGGAGAGAGCAGGACCGAUCGCUGCCGUUAAGAAGGCCGGUAUCAUCAAGGUAGCCGGGAAUCAAACGGCUUUCUGGGCACGCAGCAGCGUCGCUGGGAAACAUCAGGGAAGUGUCCUGGCUGCUGAGGCGAUGAAGCCCCGCAGAGGUCCCGCCGCGCCGUGCCCGUGCCAUCAGGGCGCUCCUGUCGCCCCUAGGAAGCGGUCGGAAAACCCGCCCUUCCCCCCAGCGAAUAAGGGAAUUACUCGCGUUGUUCUACCAACGCGAACCGCCGGGCUUCCCCCGCAGAAGCAGCCUGGCUCCCGGGAAGCCGGCGGGGCAGGGCACGGCACGCUGCCGCCACCCCUGCACGGCACAUAA